AUGGGAUAUACCAUCCCAUCAAAAUACAAGAAUACUCUUGAUCGUGCGUUUGAUACGGACAAUGUUCGCGUGGAAAAUGGUACAGCCGAACUGACUGUGCAAGAUCGUAACGGCCGUAUGACCUCUGGCUCUUUUGGAACACGAAGAGCGGAUAUUCUAUAUGGCUCAUUCCGAGCGGUGAUGAAGAUUACCGAUGAACCAGGAACAGUGGGUGCCUUCUACUUUUUCCGAGACAAUAAACACGAGCUCGAUAUUGAACUGCUUAGCCGUAAUAAACAUCCUUGGCAAGCCUACUUUGCAGCCCACCCUCAGAUCUACAAUCAAGAUGGCUCGGCUUCGCAGUUAACUCACGGCAAAUAUGUCCUGGAUAAUGAUCUUUCAUCGGACUAUCACGAGUAUCGUAUUGAUUGGUUACCUAACCGUGCUGAAUUCUUCGUCGAUGGUCAGAAAGCGCACGAGUUUACAACCAAUGUGCCCGACCUUCCAGGCAGAAUGCUGGUCAAUCAUUGGACAGACGGUAAUCCCAACUUCAGCGGCGGCCCUCCUACCAAACCAGCUACUCUCUCAGUAAAGAGUUUGACCUAUUACUUUAAUACGGAAUCGGAUCCGGCGCCGUCAACCAACUGUCCUCCUACUUCUUGUGAAACUUCUGGUAAGUGGUACGUAUGCUGUCCGUGA